UUUAUCUACUUAUUCUUAAAAUGAUUUCUGAAUCGCUACAACAAAAAGACAAAGAAAAGAGUGAAAAUAAAAAGAAUAAUAAAAAUAUUGACAACGAGAAGAACAAAAACAACAAAAAUAAUUCUCCAGAGCUUGAAGACAUUUCCUCUUCCUCAUCUUCCUCUUCAAAUGACGAAGCGGAAAAGGAUGAAUUAGAAAUUAGACAACAACAAGAACUUAAAUCUAAUUUAGUCGCUCAUUUUUACAAAUUUCAAGAGGAAUCUGGAAAUCCUGAAAAUCUUUCUCCUGAACUUGGAGGAAACGAUGUGGACAUUUAUCGUUUUUAUAAUGUUGUAAAAUCAAUGGGUGGACAUCGAAGCGUAACAAAAGAAAAUAAAUGGGCAAAAGUUUUGAAAAAAUUGAAAUUAGAUUUAUCUAAAGGAGAUGUUGAUGCUUUACAAGUCAAGAAGACUUACAUGCGUUAUUUUGAGAAAUUCGAGUCUUUUAUGAACAAACUUGGAAACUCCAGUUUAAUUGUAGCUGCUGCUUCAAGUACUUCAACAAGUCAGAGAAAUACCCGAAUUGUUCGCACUAUUGCUACACCUUCACAAUCUAGUGGAGAUAAACAAAGUAAAAGGUCAAGAGGAGGCAAAUCUUCGUCAACCCGCGGUGGAAGUAGUGCAGGGACUUUAAGUCGUUCUCGUUCAACAUCUACAGCUAAAGAUCAUUCUCCUGCUUUUUCAGUUUGUACAAAAUCUUCUGCAAAAUCUUCCAAAAAAUCUUCUGAAGAACCUUUAGAACUUCAACCUUUACAUUUUUCAUUUUCUUCAUCAACAACUUCCUCUUCUACAUCUUAUCAACAUUUCGAGUCACCUACCUCUACAAAUCAACAUAAAAGAACAAUGUCUUUUAAUAUUGGAAUUGAAAAAUAUAAAACAAAAUUUAAUAAAAAAUCGUCUCCAUUAAUUAAACAAAAAAUUGCAAGUGAAGAAAAAAUUGUUGGAAGUAAUUCUUGUGCUGGUAUUGGACAACAUUUUGAUGUUGUUGGAAAAUUAAAAAAACCUUCACUUUUUUAUCAAACCAACAAAAUAAAACCUUCAAAAUCUCAUGAAUCUGUUACUUCAACUAAAUCUAAUUUACCAACUACUUCAGAGACAUUAAAAAGAUCUCUUUCAUCUUUUGUGACAUCAACAAGUAUUCCUGCAACUUCGGGAGGAAAUUCUAAAUUUUUUAUAAAGAAAAGUAGCAUUGAAGGCAAUGCUUGUGAAGUGCAACAACAUGCCCAAAACAUUACAAAAACUUCACCACAAAAUAAUUCCUCACCAAUUAAAACAGAAAUAUUAAAUUCUCCCCAACAACAAAAUAUUACUAAAAUCCCCCAACAACGUGGGAGAAAACCAAAACAUUCAAUAUUUCAACAACAAAUAAAUAAACCACAAAAUGAAAAUGAAAUUGGUUAUUCUAAUGCACAUAUUUUUACUCGUUUUUAUCAAGGGCAGAAAGUUAGUGCUCGUCACCAUUUACGUUUCUACGAUGCCCGAGUAAUUACCGUCAAACAGCCUUCACUUGCUGACAUUGCAAGGACUUUAAACAAUGCUUUUGCUCUCUCCCUUAUUACACAUCAAGGUUCACCUGAAAUUUCAACACUUUCACUUGAAAAUAUGGGACCUGAAUUGAAAGAUGCUUUGCGCAAUUUGUUAAAUUCUACAAAAAUUUUUGUUCACUAUUUGGGAUGGAAUUCUCGAUAUGAUGAAUGGCUUAUGCUUCACAAAAUUCGUGUUGAUGAAAAGGAUGAACGUUUAAGUGCCCAACAAGUAGAAAAUCAUUUAAUUAAAUCUGGUGGCAGUAAUAAUUUGCCGCCUCAAUUACUUGCAGCAGCAUUGGAUUGGUGUGCUAGUCCAGAAGGAAUUCCUUCGCUUGCUUUACUGCCAAGUGCCCAAUCUUCCGAACAACGUCCUCGCCGCCUUUCUUCAUCAGCACUAGCCAAAGUAACAACAACAACCGUUUCUUCUGUUGCAGAUUGUGUCAAUAAUAUACAAAUAGUGCCUAGAAGGCAAAGUACAAGUUGUUCUACCUCUACAUCUUCUACAAUGGAUUAUAGAAGUCCUUUGAAUCCUUUUGCGAAUCAUCACGCUCCUCCUCCUUCUUCUUCAUCCUCCUCUUCCUCUAAUGAUGUGACAUUCAUAGCUCCACUUCCGGCGUCGCAUUCACUUGGAAAAUUUACUAUUCCACAUUUGCCUGUUGUUUCAUCCACAGUUUCUGAGGCACCAUCUACUACGUGUACAACAACAACAAUUUGCUUAACUCCAAAUAAUCAAAUAAGCUUAAACGUUGAACAAUCUCAUAAUGAUGAUAUUAUUGUUAAAAAAGAUGAGGAAAAAGUUGAAGAAGAAAACGAUAAAAAUCGCCAAAAGCAUCAUUUAGCGCCUAAAAAUAUUACUCCUAUAGUUACAAAAGUCAAAACAUUCACUUCAUCGCCUACAAAAAUUCAUUUGCUUUCCAAUAUAAAGGUUUAUUCCAAUGUGACGACUUGCCCUGUAACAACAACUUUUCUUCCCGCAGCAACAACAACUACUACUUCUUCACCAAUUACUCUAACUAAUUCUUCCCUCUCUACUACAACAACAACUUCUACUACUAAUUGCUUCCUUCAACAACAACAAAUUGUCCCACAACAAACUGAUAACAAUCCCCAACAAAAACUUCAACAACAAUUUUUGGUUGAUGAUAACAAAGCCAGUGUUAAUGUUGAAAUAAUUUCUUCUUCCUCCUCUUCAUUAAUAGGGGAGAAAGGUUUACUAGUUGAACCACAACAAUUAUUAUUAAAUUUAACUCCUCAACAAACAACAAUUUUAGAGGAGGAAGUAAAGCCUGAGACAUCCUUUACUGUAAAUAUUUUUUUGGUUUUUAUAAAAUUUUGUAUUUGA